UGUUUUAUCAGCCCAAUUAACGUAUCCUAUUUUUGUUGAAAUUAUCACUGAAAACUAUUGACAAUACCGUUAGGGACCUAACGCUGCCACACGCUGGACCCUGGGGCAUAAGGAGGAGCCAAGAAUCGACAUGGCCACGCUACCGCCGCGCAAGAGUCAGACGCCAACGCGGAUCUGCAUUUCUAAGCAACAUCUGACGCCGCUCCAAACAUUGCUCCAAAUGGGCUUUCCCAGGCACAGGGCGGAGAAAGCCCUGGCUUCGACGGGCAAUCGAGGCGUUCAGAUUGCCUCCGACUGGCUUCUGGCCCAUGUCAACGAUGCCACGCUGGACGAGUGCGCACCCAGGGAGUACAUUAUCUACGCCUGCCCCACGGGCCCGUUUCUCCAGCAGCUGGAGGAGUUUUGGGCCAAGUCGCGACAAAUGUGCGGCUGGAACGGAGCCCACAAUUACGUGCCCCACAUAACGCUGGUCUCUUUUUUUAAGGCUCCAGAUGAAUGUUCGCUGCAGUUGUCGAAGGCCCUUAAGCAGGUGGUGGACAUGACUGGCGCUCUGCUGGAUCGUCCGCUCAAACUGGAGCCGUACAUGAGCCAGAACUUUAUGGGCUUCUUUGUGUCCGAAGAGGACGCCAACUAUCUGAAGCGACUGGCCCUGCAGUACGUCAAGGAGGUGUCCAACUCAAUCAUAAGCGACACCUACGAACAAUUGGACGCCAUUGUGGCCUGCUUCCCGUGGUGCGGAGCUGUUUCCUCGGGCACUCGCUGCAUUCCACGCAGCAGUCGAUCCAUCUCACUCGAGCCACACGUAAAGAGCCUGCACCUGACGCUCGCCUACCAGUUCCCGCAGGCACAGUUUAAUGCACUGAAAGCACUCGUGGAAACACUAGACGCCAGCUGCGCCUCCAAUUGGGAACUGCGCCUAUAUUCCCGCGAUCCGCGGCUCGCCACCAAACAAGUCCAGAAGGUCGUAUAUCCACACAACCCGCACGAGACGGAUGAGCUUGAGCUCCGGAUCGGCGACUAUAUCUACCUAAACAGCGACGUGGUGGACAGCUCCAGUGACGGCUGGGCAGAGGGUAUUUCCUGGCUAACUGGUAGCACGGGUCACCUGCCAGUCAACUACACCGAGCGUACGGCCGAGUCGGACGCCUGGACUUUGCAUCGAGUGGUGCAGCUGUCGAAGAGCGUGGCAUCUUCGCUGACCUCAGCUGAAGAUCUGGACAUUGUGGACGGGCGCAGCAUAUCGACGGAGCCCGAGGAGCGCCAGCGUGAGUUGCAGCAGGAUACAGCUCAUCCCGAGAUAAUUGAGGGGUCAUCUUUUGAGGAAUCCGAGCAAAGUGUUGAGAAAUAUUUGCGACAGACCCUGAAGCCCUGCUUGGAACUUCCCUCCGUGCAGCUGCUCAACAGCCACAACCUGACCCAUCAACACAAUCCAAAUACGCCCACAAUUGAGAUUACGACCAAUAUGUCCUCCUGCUCCACUUCCAUAUCCAAGCAGCCGGUGGACGAGAUCAUGGUGGAACCGCCGGCCGCUCAGCCGCCGCGUCCAGACGACACACUCAGUGUCCACUCCGACCACUCGCUGCACCCGGGUUCCAUGGAUGCCUCGCACGCCAAGAACCGAAAAAUCUACAUUAUGAGGCAUGGCGAGCGUGUGGACUUUACUUUUGGCACGUGGAUUCCGUACUGCUUCGAUGAGUUCGGUAACUACAUGCGAAAGGAUCUGAAUAUGCCCAAGGCUCUGCCACGCCGAAAGAAUAGCCCCGAAGGCUGGCAGAAUGACUCGCCGCUGACCAAUGUUGGCGUGUACCAGGCCAAUCUUAUUGGCCAGGCCCUGCUGGAGGCCCAGGUGCAGAUCGACCAUGUCUACUGUUCGCCCUCGUACCGCUGCAUCCAGACCUGCACCAGUGCCCUGGAGGGGCUCAAGCUCACGGGCAAGCACAAGAUCAAGGUGGAGCCGGGCCUAUUCGAGUGGAUGGCCUGGUAUCCCAGUGGGGUGCCCGACUGGUUGACCAAGAACGAGCUGGUCGAGGCCAAGUACAAUGUCGAUCUGGACUACGAGCCUGUGCAGCCGUCUUCCGACCUGACCGUUCGCCUCAAGGAGUCCACGGAGCAGUUUUACGAGCGCAACCACGACGUUAUCCAGCAGCUGCUAGAGCAGACAACUGGAAAUAUUUUGGUUGUGGCCCAUGCGACCACACUGGACACAUGCUCUCGCCAGUUGACCGGCGGCGCACCUCGCAGCACGAACGAACUGCGUCAGGUCAUUCACAAGAUCCCGUACUGCAGCCUGGCCACGGUAGAGCAGGUGGAUGGCGUCUGGAAGCUGGUGGAGCCCGAGUGCCUGCCGGUGACGCACUCGAAGAAUCCGCGCUUCGAGUGGAAUGCCCUGUCGACCACCUAGUGCCAGUGUUUGGAGCAGUUUCUUUGCAAGCACUGAGACGCGAAAAGUGGUUCGAUGGAACGGAAUAUACGUAAAUUGAUGUUUAGGUAACUGAAAGUUCUAUGAUUUGCUGCUCAGGCAUGGACGCUUAACUAAGGUGCUUGAAACUGCCAUUAAAAGUGAAGUUAUAGGCGAAAGAAGCGAUUUUAGUUGCGUUGAUUGGUACAGAUAUAUGGUCAAAUCCAUCAUAUUAAACAAUAAUUAACUUAGCUUGCCUCUGGACACAUACUUUAUUGCAGCCAAUGCGAUCUAUCCACUAUAUAUAUAUAUUGAAUAUAUGCCAGUAAUUAUAGUUAUUGAGCGCUUGCUCUCCGCUUUAGCCCCAGUUUAACUUGCUGUUACUAGCUUAGUUGUUUGGAGCACUCGAUUAGCCUUGCUGCGUAGCGCAGCUGCAUUUUGUUAGCUACCUAAAUAUAUAUCCAGCGUACGGAAAGCCCCAAAACACACAAAACACACAUACAUAUAUCGAUAUUAUCGACUAGAUAUAGAAGUACAAACUGGCCCAUGUAACAACGCACAACAUAAUGGAACAAUAAACUAUUUACACACAUUAUCUUGUA